UACUCAAUCUAGAAAAAUCCCAUUCAGUUCCUUUUCUAGUUGGCUUUUACGUAAUUUUUUCACCCUGACAUUGAAAUUUUUGUGUUGUUGCUGCGGCAGCAGUAUGGGCCGCAAGUCUCAUGAUGACACGACACUGAAUCGAGUACUAGACGAAGAUUUUGAUUGUCUGUUGCGUGUCGCUACUUGCAUCGGCGAGAGCUUGGCGCGCCCAAAAGAUCGUGAGAUUUGCACCAGAACCCUACAGGACUUGGCCAAGUUCAACAACAAGAGCUCGAGCAUAACAAAGCGCCAUGUGCGUAAGUUUCUCUGCUUCUAUUUGCAGGUGCUACGCUGGACGCAACUCCAUCAGCCACUGGAACUAUACGAGAAAUGGUAUAACAAUCCAAAUCAGUCGGAUAGGAGAAGGAAGCAGUCGGAUGAAAUGCACUUUUGGCUGGAGCAAGGACGCUCUUACCUGGCCAUGAAACACUUCGAUGAUGGCUCCACUGUUAUCUACUCAGCAGUGGCCAAGGACAGUAGCUACGGCUGGGCAGAAGGCGGUCUAAAGUCGUUGACAUAUCAGGAAAAUACACAAAGAGAUGAUUAAGUUAUAUAAAUGUAAAAUUUAACUAAAAACACUAACUAUACAUAGAUUUUGUUUCGGCACGCUGCAUCUGCGAGAUAAAA